GUUGUACCACACACAAAACAUCUGAUAGGACCUCCUUCCGAUUGAUGACGGGAUCCAAGGCGCUUCUACGGGAGCGAGGAUAGUCGGGAAUCUCGGAAUCAGGACUGUGUCGACUGUCCCGGCAUGGGGGACAUGAAGACCCCCGAUUUUGAUGACUUGCUGGCUGCAUUUGACAUUCCUGACAUUGAUGCCAAAGAGGCCAUUCAGUCUGCCCGCGAUGACGUCGAAGGCCACCAUGGGUCAGGCAGCGGGACCAUGGGGAAGCCCGGGGAUGACGGAGCUGACGGAGGUCACGCAAUGAGACCCACAAGCCCUGGAACAGAUCCACACGGAGACCCAUCCAUUGUCAGCGUGAUCGUGAAGAACCGUGUCCGCGCUGAAACACUUGAAGGGGGAGACGGAACAGUCUCCGAAAGAGAACCUGCAGACGGACCACCUGGUAUCGGACUCGUACCACGGCUUGGAACGCGUAGCCCGGGUCUAGUGCCACCAGAAUCGCUCAACCAUAACGGGUUUGUGUCCUCGAGUGCGUCCAGUCACCUGUCUCAGAGCCAGGGCCAGUCCAAUGGGGACCCGUGGCCCCUCUGCGCCCCAAAAGCAGCCCCAGACAGUGCUGAAUUUCUGUCCGGCUCUGCCAGCUCUUCCAAGCAGGGAGGAGGCAACAUCUUCAACAAGCUGAAACCGCUGAUGGCGCAGGGCACCGGAGACCCCGUGGGCAGGGCCCGGAAGAUGCAGCUCCUGCAACAGCAGAAACGGCUUCACAUGCAGCAGGAGGCCGCUCUGGAGACCAGCCUGGACAAACCACCCAAAGCACCCACGGCUGCUAGCGCCAGCUCGGGGGCCCGGGCAUCGUCUCCUUUCUUUCCCCCUUCUAAAGCCAUACUUCUACCUUCCUCUGCGUCCUCCUCAUCGCCAUCCUCCUCCUCCUCCCACUCUAACAAUGCCCGUAUGUCUGGGCAGCUUCAGUCUUUCAAUGGCACCUCAAGGUCGGCCCCGGCGGGCUUCAGACGUUUGGACUCGGACUCGGAGGACUCGGACCCCGAUUUGGGAGCCCCGCUGGUGAUCCAGGAGAGCCCAGACUCCCCGGCAUGCACCACCCCAAAGCUGGCCCGCCGCGUCCGAUCUCCUGCCGGGAGUUUCGAAUCGCCCUCCCUGCCGUCAGCAGGGUCAUCGUCCUCCUUCCCCAAGCCCGGCGAUGUUCCCUCUGCCUCGCCCGCUUCCCCUCAGGGCCAGCAGAACUGGCUCUCCUCGCCCUCCCAGACCUCUUCCACCAGCAAGAGCUCUCCGCAGGAGGAGAGGCAUCCGGAGCACGUGGUGGAAGAGAGGGACUCCCCCGAAAGCCCAGAGCCAGAGGCCCCGAAGCCAGCCUCCUCAUCGGCCGUGCCCAAAAGAAGCUCCAGUCCAGCAGCUGCCACAGCCACCACUACGCCCUCCCCUGCUCUACGGGAACCCAAGGAGGAGGAGGAGGAGAUGGAGGUGGCUAAGAGAGUAGUUGAAAAGACAGAAGAGAGGAAGGAACAGGAGAGCAAAGGAACGGAGGAAGAGAAGAGGGAUGUGCAAGAGGAGGGGGAGAAAGAGGAGGGGAAAACUCAAUCAGCGGAAGGAGGCGUGGUGCCUUCCGUCGCCGUAGGAACAGCCACUCCUGCUGGGCCCGCCCCGGCCCGGCCGCUGAAAGUCCGCAUCAAGACCAUCAAGACUCCCACCGGCAGCAUCACCAGGACCGUGGUGGCGUCCAAAGGAGCCGGAGCCAGCGCGGGCAAAGGGUUAGAGGUGAUCAAGGCCCAGCAGGGGAACUCGGUUCCUGCCAACAGAGCCCGGAGAACGAACGCCGCCGCUACAGCAGCGCGCGUGGCCAAGAGCUCUGCCGCGCUGCCCGUGUCAACGCUCGAGGCCAGCAGCGCCAUGCUGGCAGCUGCCACCAAGGUGCAAAGCAAGAUGGCCUCCCCGUCUGAUAAGAGCAAGGUGUCCGCCACGGCGGUCAGCAUCACCAAAACAGCCGCCCUGCCCGCCACCUCUGUGGUCAGUGGCAUCAGCGUCCGCCCCGUCGCCAAGUCGACCAACGGGGGCACGGCGGGCCUCCACCAGCCCUGCAAGCCGGCGUCCAUCGUCAACAGCACGGGUGCCGUCAUAUCGCGCUCCCAGUCCAGCCUGGUGGAGGCCUUCAACAAGAUCCUCAACAGCAAGAACCUGCUGCCCAGCUACAAGCCGGACCUCUCCAACCUACCGCCCCCCGAGUGGGGGCUCUCCAUGCCCACGACGGGCUACCGGUGCCUGGAGUGCGGCGACUCGUUCGCCCUGGAGCGCAGCCUGGUGCGCCACUACGACCGGCGCUCGCUGCGCGUCGAGGUGACGUGCAACCACUGCGCCAAGCGGCUGGCCUUCUUCAACAAGUGCAGCCUUCUGCUGCACGCGCGCGAGCACAAGGAGCGGGGUCUGGUGAUGCAGUGCUCGCACCUCGUCAUGAGGCCCGUCAGCGUGGAGCAGAUGAUCAGUCAGCAGGACACCGCACCCAUCGGAAUGCUCUCGCCAUCUCUCUCCACCACCCCAGCUACCCCGCAAGGCGCCCCCUCCGUCUCCACCACCUCCAGCCCCCAGAAAGAUUCCCCGUUGCCCUCGGCAACAGCCCCCCAACCCAGCACCGCUCGCAGGCUACCCAGCAGUCCCCAGGCCAUCAUGCCCCUGCCCUGCAAGAAGGUCGACGUGCUCCAGUACAACAACUUCAAGUGCCCCGAGUGCCAGGCCCAGUUUGGGGGCAAGGCAGAGCUGGUGGCCCACUUCCAGCAGAUCAGAGCCACACCCAACUCAACGUGUAUGCUGUGCACUCCGCCCAUGAUGCUGCCGAACUGGUGCAGUGUGGCGGCACACCAGCGCAUCCACAAGCACCGCGCCCCGCAUGUGUGCCCCGAGUGUGGCGGCGUAGCCCGGCAAGCCAGCUUCCAGAUGCACCUGGAAGAGUCCUGCCUGCACUUCGCCCGACGCAUCGGCUACAGGUGCUCCAUCUGCCAGGUGGUGUUCGGGGGGCUGAACUCCAUCAAGUCUCACAUCCAGACGGCCCACUGCGAGGUCUUCCACAAGUGCCCCAACUGCCCCAUGGCCUUCAAGUCUGCUCCCAGUGCCCAGUCCCACAUCAGCACCCAGCACCCCACGCUCACGGCCUCCCAGCCCAAGAUGAUCUACAAGUGUGUCAUGUGUGACACAGUGUUUACCCAGAAGCCCCUGCUCUACGUGCAUUUCGACACUCACCUGGCCAAGCAGAAGGUGCACGUGUUCAAGUGUCCAGACUGCACCAAGCUCUACGCUCAGAAGGCUUCUAUGAUGGAGCACAUGAAGACCGUCCACAGAGGCCUGUCAGUCAAGCCAGAAACUCCACCCACCACAACGACCACCACCACCACCACCACCAUCAUCCCAGGAGCCACGCUCCCAGCGACACAGCCAGUCCCCAAAGCCCGAGUCCAGGAGGGGGAGGAGUGGAGCCAGGAGACUGGGGAGGAGGAGGGAGAGGGGGAGGGGGAGGGAGGGGAGAAAGAGGAGGAGGAGGAAGAGGAGGAGGAGGACAAUGAGGAGGAAGAGGAGCCAGACAGUUCACCUGAGAGCUCCUCCCUGGAGUGGAAGUGCAGAGAGUGUCGCACGCGCUACUCUGAGAAAGAGGACUACAUCUCCCACAUGAGGAAGGAGCACGGCAAGCCAAUGAAGAAGUUCCCGUGCCGGAUGUGUGAGCGCUCCUUCAGCUCAGCCAAUAGCCUGCGGCGACACGUGCGGGUCAUCCACGAGGGCAUCCGCAGAGUCUUCCAUUGCCAGUACUGCUCUGAAGGAAAGCGCACCUUCAGCAGCCGCCUCAUCCUGGAGAAACACAUCCGGGUCAGACACGGCAUCCGCUCCAGACAACCAGUAGACAGACAGGGUGCUCCCAACACCAGGAAGCGCUCUGCUCCAGUGGAGGGUGUGGGCAGCUCGUCUGAGCAGGAAGGGGACGGUGCGUUUGAGGAGGGGGGCGACGGUGGUGGUGGCAGCGGGGGCGGGGUUGUAAAACGUUGGCGUCCCGCGGCAAGCGAUGCCACGGCUCCGGCACAGCAGCCGGAUAAGGAAGAGCCGCGACAGGAAGGGGAGGACUCUCGUGGCGAGGCGGAGGAGAGCGGCACCGGCACCGGCACCGGCAGCGCCGCAGGCUUCCGGUGCACGCCGUGUGGCUUCACCACGGAGGAUUGGGCGGAGUUCCAGCGGCACAUCCCGCAGCACCAGGCGGAGGGCAGCGUGGGCUCGCUGCAGUGCACCCAGUGCGGCGCCUGCUUCGCCUCGGCCGGCUCGCUCGCCCGCCACCGCUUCAUCACGCACCGGCUACGCAACGAGCACCGCGGACACGCCGCCAACGCCAACGCCGGCGCUUCUUCCUCGCCCGAUAACGGCGGGAGCGGUGGAGCCCAGACAACGUCCCCGGACGGCUCCCCCGCCUCCCCCCACCAGGGCGAGGACGGAAGCUACGGUUGCCGGGUGUGCAGGCGGCGCUUCGACAAACAGGCCGACCUGAACACACACUUCCGCACGCACGGCAUGGCCUUCAUCACCGCACACAAGAACGACAAGCCCACAUAGAGGGGGAGGAGGAGGAAGAAGAGAGGAGGAGGAGGGAGAGAGGAAGGACGGGAAGAAUGAAGAAGUGCUAGAGAAAGGGGUUGGAGGGAAAUGAAUAAAGACCGACUCCAGUGCAUCACCAACAGCGGUAUGUUUGCCUAGAACAAGGCAGUAUGUGUUUCCCUCAGACUAUGAACCUGUGCCAUCCCCCAGUUCACCACAAACCACCCUUUCACAGCGGAGAGGAGAAGUCCGAGAGCAUUUAUGUGAUUGAACAUACAGUGAAGAUACUUGAUCUACUCCAAGUGCUGGUUUGGUUCCAUGUUUGAAUCUUCUUGAUGAGCAGAGAGCUCAUGAGGUCAUGAAGAGAGAGAGAGAGAGGAUGACAGUGAAUCAAGCUCAAGCUUGCAGAACAUUUGGACACAAACCCAUCACUUCCUCCUUCAUCCUGAUUGGCUAGGGAGAGACCAACACAAACACUGCAGAGGGUCUGCACGAGUGGUCAGAUCUGUGCUAACUGCGAAUCAUUCUGGAGCUCAUCGGAGACUGACCAGGCAUCAGUCUCCUGUAACUCUGCCAGGUCAGCUCCUCUACUGUUCCAGUGUCAACUGCUGACCUGAGCAGAGCUCCUUUAGUUCUUCCUCCUGCAUGAGCUCCAAGGGCUCAUCAACAGACACCCAUGUUAACUCCAUAUAGUACGGAGGUCCAGGUUUAUAACUGGUUCCAGAUCAGUCGCAAGUGGAUUGGUCUAAAGCUGUCGUCUGGUCAGUGUUGCAGGGUUUGGACUAACGACUGCAAAAAAAAAAGAGGUGCUAUCGAAGGUGUUUUUAAACGAACAGUAAUAUUGAAAUUGUAUCGACAUUGUACUGAUCUAUUUAUUUAUACGUCAUCCGUAUUGUGUCUUUUUGAAGUAUCUGAUUAAGGAAUGGUAGAAAAGUGAUGGAACUUUAUAUUACCCGGGAGGAGAGUCUACUGAACACGUGGCAGAUCUGCGUUUCCAGCUCUUUGCAUGACAGAUGUGUGAUGUCUGACGUUUGAGGUGUUACAGAAAUUGUCCAAAACUUUAUUGUGAAUAACAAACAAACGAAAAAAAAAAAAAAAAAAAACAUGGUUACGCACUUCUUGCAAGAGCACAUUUGUAUGUGUGUAUGUAUGUAUGUAUGUAUGUAUGUAUGUAUGUAUGUAUGUGUGUGUGUGUGUGUGUGUAUGUGUCUACGUGUGUAUGUGUCUACGUGUGUGAGUACUGUACAAUGCAGUAAUUUUGAGAAACUCUUAGAGGUGGAGUUAGUAGACAAUGUGAAGUGUGAAUUCUACUUACUGUAAAGGUAUAACUUGUUUUGUCUUUUUUUAUUCAGCCGAUUCUUAGCUGACUGAAUCAUGAAUGGAUAUUUGGAUAUAAGUUACAUAUUUUUUACAAAAGAAUCACAAAACGGAAACAAAACAAAAAGCUGACGAGUGUGAUGGCUUUUGGUGGGAGUGUUUUCCGAAGGCGUGUGUAUACAUUUGUUCUUUUUUUGUUUUGUUUGUCCCCUCUUUGAUAUGAGUCUUUUCUAUUUACACAGGGACAGUGGUAGUAGAUCAUCACCCUUCUGUAAUCCCUACAGCUCAACUACAUUUGUGAUUACGUGAAAGCCUGUGUGUGUCUUUUUUUCUUUCUUUUUUUAAGAAACAAAAUGUUUGUCUUAUGUACAUCCCUGACAUAUAAAUAUACAUCUUAUAAUUUUAUUUUUCUGUGAUUGCUGCUUGCAACACUGCCAUACCCUUUAUGUCGGCUCCUACUCUCCUGUUUGAAAUAAUAAUAAAUAUGACAACCGUACGGCAUGGA